AUGUAUUCCCUGUUCUCCCGCACUGCGCUUAGAAACUCGCGGAGUCUCGCGAGACGCUCGUCCACGUUUUCGAGACGGCAGCUCUCCGCGGCUGCCCCCGUCGGCGCCGCUGUUGCGCUCGGCCUGGCAGGAUAUAUCACCUACACUUUUGCCCCUCCGAUUUCGAUGGAGUCGCCUAUCGAUAAGGAACAGCUGGCCGAGAAGGCUGACAAGCCCGUGGAGACGGCUGAGCAUGACGACGAGAAGGGAGCCUACGACCCGGAAACGGGAGAGAUCAACUGGGACUGUCCUUGUCUGGGAGGCAUGGCCCACGGGCCUUGUGGAGAGGAGUUCAAGGCCGCUUUUUCGUGCUUUGUCUACUCCAAGGAGGAGCCUAAGGGGAUAGAUUGCAUUGAGAAGUUCAAGGGAAUGCAGGAAUGCUUCAAGAAGUAUCCAGAAGUGUAUGCUGAGGAGCUGAGAGAGGAUGACGAGUACGGCCAGGUUCCAGAGACCCAGGACGCCGGCGAACAAGCGGAAGUUGCCGUCACGGAGACCGUUGAAGCUGUUUCGGAGACUGUUUCUGACGCAGCGACGAAGAUUGCCGGAAAAGCAGAGGAGUCUGUGGGCCAAAUUGCUGAGAAGACCGACGCCGUGGUCCAGUCGCCACAGGCAGCCGAUCUGUCGCACAAGAUUGCCGACGCCGUCGAGAGCUCUACAGAGGUGCCUGCCGCGGUGAUUGAGGAGACCUUGGAGGGUAAAUAG